AUGGCCUCUGCGGAGCCCUCUGCGGUCGUCUCUGCGGCGGACGUGCUUGCUGUCAAUGGCGCGGAUAGUCAUCAGUAUAUAGAUUUUAAAGGUCACGUAGUACGGAACUAUGAUUUACAGCUAGAAGAUAUCCCAAGGCUCAACCAUGAUGAUCCGCGAGUGGAAUCAAUGAUCGCAAAUGAGGUUAGUGUGCACUUUAGUACAAUUCCGGGUCUGAUGUAGCAUGAAUUUUGAUAAACUGUCAAACAAGGAAGUUGGCUACAAUGUAAGCUUAAGCUUAUAUUUAUUUAAUAGCCCCAUGUUCCGGAUAAAUCAACCAUCUAAACAAAAACAGUGCCCAUUCCUCUUGCAAGUACUUUUCUUCGUCUUUUCUAAAUUAACAGGAGCGAUCUCACUUAUUAUGGGAAACUCCGAUAAUAAUAUCUUAUCUCUACAAUCAGUUCAGUUCAUUUUUGUUUUUGAUUUCUUUUUGUUUAACAGUUUGAUAUAAAUUGCUUUCAGUUGGGAGACAUAAUAAUUGGUUCAAUAUUAAAUAUAUGAAGUUGAAUAGCAAGUAGCAAAUUGGCUGUAUUAACAAUGAAGUAGACAGCUGUGACAGUCAGCAGGUUUUGGAUGCUAACUUUAACCUUGGAUUGAAUUAAAUUUUCAAGCAGAAAAUUCUCUCCUAAAAGCAUCAACUGAAGCUGAUAUAAUGUUAGUCACCUUUUGUUUAGAGACUCAAAAUGGAUCGGUCUUUGAGAAACUGGGUCCAUGAGACUCACAAUUUAUUGUUUUGGUACAUGUAGGAUAAAAUUUAUCCUACAUUUAAUAUUGUGCUAUAAGACUAGUAAAAACAAUUUUUCUAAUUUUAUGCUUUCCACUUUUUCUUAGGAACCCGUUGUGUUAACAAAUUCUGACAUUAUUGCAACUGCUCUUAAAUGGGACUUAAACUAUCUCAGGGAAAACAUUGGUCCAGGGAAUUUUUCAGUCUACAGCUCAAAGACUUCUAAGUUCAUGUAUUUUGACGACAAAAGAGCCAAGGAUUGGCCCAACUUUGUACCACCUACAGAAAGACAUGAGAUGAAAUUUGAGGAGUUUUUUGAAAGAAUUGCUAACUUUAGAUCUUCUGACACCAGAAUAUACCUGCAACAAAUGCUCAAUGACUCUGUAGGAAAAAAUAUAGUUAAAGACUUCCUUGGCUUUAAGUGGAACUGGCUGACAGCAAUACAGAGGAAAAUGAAAUGGGGAACACUUACUUCAAAUCUCCUUCUCAUUGGCUUACCUGGAAAUAUCACUCCAGUUCAUUACGAUGAACAGCAGAACUUUUUUUGUCAGGUGUCAGGGUACAAGAGAAUAAUUUUGUUUCAUCCUGAUCAGUUCAAAUGUCUUUAUCCAUUUCCAUUGUACCAUCCGUGUGAUAGGCAAAGUCAGGUAAGGUUGGCAGGUCUUUUGAUAUUAUAUGGUAGUACGAUUUUGCACAAUAAAUCCUCCUAGCUUGUAUGACUUGUUUUGUUUUCCCAUUGUAAACCAUGUGAUGUUGUUUUGAAAAAAAAAAAGCGUAUGAUGUUACGGGGCAGUUACCUGAGUACUGUUUCUUUCAAAAGUCAUACUAUCUACGUGAAUACACUAUGUGUACAAUGAUAACAUAAAGCAUGUUUUGCAUGGGCCUGGACUACUUGAAAAACUGCUACAUGUAGAUCCUUGAAAACUCCUUGAAUUUGUAGAAGCAGUGCUUCAAUUUUGUUAAAAUGCCUUGAAUGUUGGAGACUACAACAAAAUAAGUUCAUUUUGACAUCAAAAGAUUGUAAAAACUGCUGAGAAACACAUUGAAGUCUCAAAUGCCAAGAAGCUUUCUAUAUCAGGACAAUUCAUUAUUUUCUUAUUUAAGCUGUUUAAGCAACCAUGCCUUAAAUGGGGUAUGGCAAGUGUAUUCUUCAGCCCCUCUCUAAGCAAAGAAAACUAGGGGGGAAGAUAAUAUAGCUUGAAGGAGCUUGAAGUGUGGAAUCUAUUUGACUCUGAAAAAGCUGUACAUACACUGUAAUCAACAACUGUGAAGAGAAAAGGUUAUGAGAAUGGUGAUCUCCAUGGAAAAUGCUUUGAUCUUUGUCAAAUUCCUUCGAAUAUGUACAGCUGUAUGUGGAUGCAAAUGGGGCUUUUAAGGGUUACAGAACAGUGUACAGUGUAAGUGGACAGCAUUAGCACUUUGCUAAAGCUCACUCAAUUGAGGUUUCUUUUUAAAAGAUACAAGCUUUGUUCUACAACAGAUAAAGAAGAGGGUCAUACAGUGAUUUUGUUACAAAAUUAAUAGUUAUGGUGAGUCCUAGGACUGAUCUUGUGGAAAAUAAUUUUAUUAUGACUCCCAGUUCAGAAGCAAUGAGUGCCAGUUAAAAAAAAAGAAAAAAAAUUGAGUCCAAAAUUGAAAAUGCUUCGACCUUUAUGUAACCAGACAGUUAAUCUGAAGACAGACUCCAACUCUCUUUAUUUAAGUCUACUGAAAUUAAAAUAAAGUCCUUUUAUCUUAAAGCACAUCAAAGGCAAAAAGAAAUAAUAAUGCAUCGUUAAACAGCAGCCACAAUGACUGCCACAAAAAUUACACGAACAGGAUAUUUCUACAAAUACACAUGUUCAAAUCAAUUGAUCAAUCUUUGUGUCCUACGGGAUGCAUGCCAUGAAUUAUUAUUUUGCAUCUUUGGGGAUUUUCUUGCGUCAGGGACGCAGGACGCAGACUAAGGAUUCGAAAACAAAAUCACUGGUCAUACUGAUGUCUAUGUCCAGCAAGCAAGAUUCCAUCCCCCACCUCCCAUGAAAUGUAAUACACUGUCAUACAUGUAGUUCUUUUAUAUUUGCUAUACUGUUUUUAACAAAGUUGCAUCACAUUUCAAUUCAAAAGGUUGAUUUUGAUAACCCAGACUAUGCAAGGUUUCCCAAGUUCAAAGAGGUGAAAGGAUUUCAAGCAAUAGUCGGGCCAGGAGACGUUCUUUACCUACCAAUGUAUUGGUGAGGCAUGCAGUAUAGUACUAUGUUUCCUUUUUAAUACUGGUCUGACUACUCAGACUGUACAUUGCAAAAAGAAUCCAGUCAAAUGACAUUUUGAGGGCUAGCUUUUCAACAGAGGAAGAGCAGACGUCAGUGGACAACUCAGUUGAUGAAACCAAUUUUUUUUGUUUUACUCCCCCAGUUAUGCCACACCACAGUUACUUUACAAACUCACUCCUUUACAGUCAAACCUGUAUUAAGUGGUCGCUCUCUAUUAAGCGGUCACUUACCAAAGUGUCUUAAAAGUUGCAAAUCAACAAAAGCUAUUAAUAAGAUUAGACAGGAAAACUGAAAGCAUAUCGUUUCAGUGCAUGUUUACCUGUGUACAAUUGGUGCAGACAUGUACUUUCACUUCAGAUGGUUUUCGGAAUCCUCUGGCCUCUAAAAUUUGUUGCUAGGCUGAUUGUUUUCAACACCCAACUCUGUCAUGGCCCAUUUCCUUAUCAACGUAUGAGUUAUAUUGAAACUAGGUGGUAAUCAUUCAAUUAUUCAAGCAUUUAGUACAUGUGGUUACUACACUUUGACUGGUAAACAAGAGUGCUCUAUGAUAGACUGCAAAAUAGUCUGUAUUUUUGCAUAUUCGAGUACGCGUGAACAGUCAGACAAAAGGACUGGAGCGAGGCUGAAAACGGAGGCGCACGGGCGAGGCGCGCAUGAGACUUUUAUGCCACGCUAAACAGAUUUUGAGAAAAAAACUGACGGGUUUGCCAUCUAGCUCUAUAAAGGAGGUAUCCAUGCUGUUAAUCAGAGUGCAUGUAAAUUUUCUUAAAACAAGUUUCCAGCCAGUAUAUUUUUCUUUUUAAUGAGAUGGCCAAAACAAUUCAAUUUAUACACCAAUGAGCUUUUUUUAGGAAAUCUUGUUAAACGACCCUGAGCUUCCAAGGGUGUUAAAUCAUGUUCAUCAUGUUGUGUUAAGUUUCAUCGGACUUGCACGUAGCAAAGGCAAUGUAACGUCAAAGGAGAUUGUUUGUGAAUUUCUGAAAGUGUGAAAAAGGUCUGAAGUGUCUCCCAGUGCUCAAUUUGCCAUCAUUAGUGCCGAUGAGUUGUCUUUGCUAAAUCUGUCUAUAUACCAAUGCACAAAAAUACAAAAUGAUGAUUUGAUUUUUCACUCUAGGUGGCACCACGUGGAAUCAACAAUGAAUGGAGGAAUAACAACAUCUGUGAACUUCUGGUACAAGGUUUGUAUAAUCAUAAUCAUAAUCAUAAUCAUCAAACAAAAUUCUCUAGAUUUCAGUUGUUCCAAAUUUGACAGGAUUCUAUCCAUUGGUGACAUAUAACAAUAAUGUGCCCCGGCAGUGCAAUAACCUGCACUUGAUCUUCGAUAUGGAAUAACUUUUUACCUAUUGAAUUCACUACUCUAAAACAUAACUUGAUUUCCACUGAUUAAGGACUGAGCAUGAAAUGUCAGGAAACAUUGUACUCUUUAUUCAGUUUUAAGUUUUUACAAAUCAUUAGGUAGUGUUGUACAGUGGUGUACUUUCUGAAAGCACAGUAAAAAUCAACUGGGUUGAUUAAUUAAUCGAAGAGUAAAAUUAACUUUUGAUUCGAAAUCUCACUCAGCUAAAUAAAUUAGUAUUUAUCGACUUUUAUAUAUACAGAUCGUACGAUAAAUACCCAUACAUUUCUCCUGCUUAUAUUUUAUCUUGUGUUUUGUUCAUAACACUGAAUGGAGAAUGGAUAUUCUCUUGUUACAGGCUGGCCCCACUCCAAGCCAAAUCAUCCACCCCCUGACGGCACAACAGAAGGUAGCAGUCAUGAGGAACAUUGAACGAAUGUUGGGAGAAGCACUAGGCCAUCACUGCGAGGUAAAUUUUGGAAUCAGAAUAUUGGAAAGCCUGAUGGGUGCAAUUCCAUUUUUUGGAAGGGUGUGUUUUAUGCUUUUUCAGGCUGAAUAUAAACAAGGAAAUGAAAGCAUCAAAGGAGCAAAGGGACAUCACUCAGAUUUUGACAAACACUGUAAAGAACAACUCCCGGAUCAACAGCUUCCCUAGUGGGCGGGUUGCGUUGAAAGGGGGGUGGGGGUGGGGGUGGGGGUCGAGUGUGAAAAUGCUCUCUUCUUGAAGAUAUUCAAAUGACUACAAUAGACCUUUUUACUGAUACGGCGGCCAUAUUGAAUUCAUUCGAUUUAAGGAGUAUUAUAGGAUGCCCAGGGGGCAUAAGCACAUUUCGUUUGUAUUUUCGAGGGCUUUUCGGGACAUUUUUUCUUAAUGUUUUCUAAGAAUAAGAUUGUAAUGGGAAACAAGAUCCUUGUGCCGUGUUUGGAUGUAAUAAUGAUCGCCUUUUUCCCGAGAAAUAUACAGUGAAAGACCAUAUUCUAAUACUAAACUAGAAAAAGGCGAUCAUUAUUACAUCCAAACACGGCACAAAGAUCUUUUUUCCCAUUACAAUCUUAUUCUAAGAAAACUUUAAGAAAAAAUGUCCCGAAAAGCGCUCGAAAAUACCAACGAAAUGUGCUUAUGCCCCCUGGGCAUCCUCUAAUACUCCUUAAAUUGAAUGAAUUCAAUAUGGCCGCCGUAUCGGUAAAAAGGUCUAUUGGUCGAGUGGACAACAUGAUGACAGUUGGCCAUCUGUCGCUCGUUGGGAUUUAACCCAUUGACCACUCCAGAAAAUACCAUAACAUACCAUUAUACUCUUUGUUAGUCACUCCAAAAUUUUUUAUAAGCAUUGUCUUCAGUUUCUCUUGGAAUUAAAUGGCUGCAAAAGAAACUGAAAACAAUGCUUAUGCGAAAUUUUGGAGUAACCAACAAAGAGUAUCAUGGUGUGUUAUGGUAUUUUCUCGAAUGGUCAAUUUACAUGUUUCCUUGAAAUGUCCGAAAACCGCCCGUGCAGAUCUUCAUCCCAUUUACCACUUGUGACGUCAUCAGUUUUAAUGGUUAUUGACAAAUUUGACAUCUAUUUUGCGGAGGGGAAAGAGAUCUUUCGAACCAUAUACCCAAAUAAGAACAAUUGAACAGGCUGGAGAAAAACGCAAAGAAAAAACAACAAAACACGAGGAAUAAAAAAAACAUCCAAGAUAACCAAAAAAGGUCCAACGAAAAUCUUGUUCAACUACCUACCCGUUCAUUUGCUUCGUCUCAAAUAGGUUCUUCGUGGAACCUCUCCCCAUACCGUUAGUGUCGCUUCUAAACCCCGCUCUUCGUUUUCGGCAUUUCUGUUUCUUUUUGGCCAAAUAGUGACCAGAAAACGUCUCGGCAAGAGUCGCUUCAAAAAGCAUUUUUCGGGAAAAUUUCCAUGGGCGAAUGGAUUAAAUCUUGUUUUUUACUACUCGUAUGUGUAUUAUUUAAGUUUAGCCUAGUUGUAUUUGCGACUAAAGUGAUCGUAUCUAUUUGAUUUAACAGAUUGGUCCCCUUUUGAACUGCAUGGUGAAUGGACGAUACACUGAAUCAGAUGGCGAAGAUGAGUACAAGCACAUUAAAAUUGACUCCUAA